AUGUCUGUCUUAGGCGGUGGGUCGUCCCUCGACACUGAGGCUCUGCUUUUGAACGACCUCGGAGCGUCCUCCCUCGCCCCAACGUCAUCUUGUCGCCCAUUCCUGAAGGCCAAGUUCCAGGGGAGUUGUCCCUAUAGGCUGUCUUGGAAAUCGUAGACAUACAGGUAGUUUUCUCUGACGCUAUAAUUCCAUUCAUUGUUAAUCUGUCUCUGACUCUUUUCUAUGAUAGAGAUGGACUCCCGCACAUACUCCGCACAUAUGCAUACCAAACUGAAAAUACGCAUGUAAACUGAUGGACACUGUAUGUCCUACAACUAACAGGGUGCCACACACAAAACGCCCGACUAACCAACAGUACCCAACACCUCUCGUCUGCACCUUCCCAACAUAACAUAUAUGAGACACACAAGACAGCUACCAAACUGAUUUGUUGAGCCUGUUACCCGCAGGGGAGAUGUCCCUAUAUGCU